AACCACCGAAAAACAACAGAAGAAGAAGACUCCUUUCUAUUGGAUGACAGGUACACGUAACAUAAGGCUGUGCACAUGCGCACUACUCUCUUUUCUACUGCAGGAACAAAAGAGGAAACACGAUGACCCUGCUCUUUCGCGCCUGCGUACUGCUGUCCGUCCUGGUUUUGGGGACCAGGGGAGAGGAGGGAGCCCGGCUCCUGGCCUCCAAGUCCCUGCUGAACCGCUAUGCUGUGGAGGGCCGAGAUCUGACCCUGCAGUACAACAUCUACAACGUGGGCUCCAGUGCUGCCCUGGAGGUGGAACUCUCAGACGAUUCAUUCCCUCCAGAAGACUUUGGAAUAGUUUCAGGAAUGUUGAAUGUGAAAUGGGACAGAAUUGCACCAGCAAGUAACGUGUCCCACACUGUGGUGCUGCGCCCCCUGAAGGCCGGGUACUUCAACUUCACCUCAGCAUCUGUCAGCUACGUGGCUCAGGAGGGCGGACCAGUUGUGGUGGGCUACACCAGUGCUCCUGGGCAGGGAGGCAUCCUGGCUCAGAGGGAGUUCGACCGGCGCUUUUCCCCCCACUACUUGGACUGGGCUGCGUUUGGUGUGAUGACUCUGCCCUCCAUCGGAAUCCCGCUCCUCCUCUGGUAUUCCAGCAAGAGGAAAUACGACUCUCCUAAAGCCAAGAAGAACUAAGGAGCCACUCGGGGUUGAAACUUGGGAAAGGAAGGAAACCUUCAGGAAACCCUGGAGGGGGGGGGGGCUAACCCGACCCGUGUUCGGAGUAAAGGAGCUCGGAGAAACUAGUCUGGAACAAACUAGUAUGUACCUCCUGGAGACUGGGGGAGGAACUGCUGUGGAAAUAUCAUCAUUCCUUCUACCUGGUUCUGCUGGUCCAUCAUGGACCAGACUGGGUGGACCAUUAAAACCAGUUUCAUUAAUAAAGCUAUUUUUAACAAAACUGA